UCGAUACUACAGAGGCAUAGGGAAUGAGGUAACCUUAUGUUCUAUAAACCUUGACCUUAACCUAAAUUCCUCAUUGGACCACCUUAACGCUAUUAACACCCCUCUGCACAAGUGUCCCUGAGUUUAUUUUUGGAUUAAACAAAUCGAUACACUUCAAAUCCUCUUCAAAGAACCGAACCUGAACAACCCCCUUCCGAAAUCAAACGUUUUUAAAUUCAUAACAUUAAAGUUAAAUUUCUAACCUCAAAAAGUUUUAUCCAAGAACAUUCCAACAUGAGUUUUGAUGGUUUUAAGAAAGUAAUUGAAGAAAGUGAUACUGUUAUCCUUUAUUUAACGAUACAUCAAGUUUACGCUGUAAAAGCCGAGCCAAAAACGAAAAGUAAAAAAGGUGUGUUGAUUGAAAAUGUGUUUCAAACCCCUUAUGGGGCGUUAAAAUGUGGAGAUUUGAUUGGGAAAGAUUAUGGGUCGAAGAUUACUUUGAGUAAAGGUUGGGGGUACGUUUUACAACCGACACCGGAAUUAUGGACAUUAACUUUACCACAUCGUACCCAAAUUAUAUACACCCCAGAUGCAAGUAUGAUUGUGUUACAAUUAGAAUUAAAUCCAGGAAGUAUCGUUAUUGAAAGCGGUACGGGAAGUGGCUCAUUAUCACACGCUUUAAUCCGCGCUGUAAAACCACAUGGUCAUUUAUACACCUUUGAUUUUCAUGAAAAUCGAGUUAAUAUAGCCAAAGAUGAGUUUUACGAUCACGGAUUGCAAAGAUAUGUAACCGUACAGCAAAGAGAUGUGUGUACUGAUGGUUUUGGCACAGAUUUAGAUCACAAAGCUGAUGCGGUAUUCCUUGAUUUGCCCCAUCCUUGGUUAGCAAUUCCGCAUGCUUUAAACAGUUUAAAAGAAACCGGCGGGAGAAUAUGUUCGUUUUCGCCGUGUAUAGAACAAGUACAAAAAGCUUGUUUAAAACUAAAAGAAUUAGGUUUCCAGGAAUUACAAACCGUCGAGGUUUUACAAUCGCAAUAUAACGUGCAAACGAAAAGCUUGAAUAUGUUAAAUUUAGAGUUUUUAAGGGAUAAAAAAACUGAUAUGAUUAACGAUAAUGAUGACACUAGGAAUAAGGAUGGAAUGAGCUUUUCCAAGACGUUGACUUCAAUUGCUCCUAGUAAACAAGCAGGACAUACCGGGUUUUUAACUUUUGCAACUUUACCACCAAUUUGGGCUAGAAAUAUUCAUUUACAAAUUCAAGACGAUAAUGAUAAUGUAAUGAGGGAUCCAAAUGAUAAUAUGUAAAAAAAAUAAUAUUAAUUAACUUCUAUGUUUUUUGAUUCCAUAUACUAUGUAUGUGAUGUUGUAUUUUAAAAAAAUAAAUGUUUUUUGAUGUUU